AUGGAAGGCCUCACACCAUCGCAACUAUCCUUCUUCCGCGAGAACGGCUACCUCGUCAUCCCCAAUUUCCUCUCCCCAGAUGAAAUCACCUCCCUUCUCGCCGAGACCAACACCCUCCUCGACGAUUUCCCACUCGACACCCACCCCCUCACCAAGUUCACGACCGGCGACGAUGCCGGAUCCUCCAAUACCAACGAUGCCCACGUCGGCGACGACUACUUCCUCACCUCCGGCGACAAGAUCCGCUUCUUCUUCGAGCCGGACGCCUUCUCCCCGCAACCCGACCCAGCCACCGGAAAGCCCACGCUCCUCAAACCCAAACAACAAGCCAUCAACAAGAUCGGACACUCGCUGCACACGCUCUCGCGGCCUUUCGCGGACGUCUCGCUGAGCGCGCGCAACGCCGCCAUCGCCAGGUCGCUGGGCUUCGUGGACCCGCGCGUGCUGCAGAGCAUGGUGAUCUGCAAGCAGCCGGGGAUUGGGGGCGCGGUGCCGCCGCAUCGGGACUCGGAGUUCCUGUACACGGAGCCGCCGUCGGCAGUGGGGUGGUGGUUUGCGCUGCAGGAUGCGGGGCCGGGGAAUGCGACGCUGGGGAUGUGGAAGGGGUCGCAUCGGCAGGGCAUCAAGCGGCGGUUUGUGAGGAAGUUUGGGGAUGGGGGGGAGACAGUUGGGACUGAGUUUGUGGAGAACGAGGGGUCGAGGGUGCCGAAGGGGGUGCUGGAGGAGGAGCACGGUCAGGAGGUUAGGGAGGAAAAUGUGGAGAUCCUGGACAUCAAGGCUGGCUCGCUGGUGCUGAUCCAUGGGAAUGUGCUGCACAAGAGCGAGAAGAAUACCAGCCCCCGGAGCCGGUUUGCAUAUACUUUCCAUGUCAUUGAGGGUGCGGAUGGUUGGAAGUAUGAUGAGCGGAACUGGUUGCAACCCUCGGAGAAGGGGGGGUUCUCGAAGCUGUAUCGAUGA